GCCUUUUAACAUUGAGUGAACCGGCCCUGAACGAACCGAAGUUGUCAUUAGAUGGGCGGUAAAUGUGAGAUAUUGAAAAAUGUAAGCUAUACAUGUUCAUGGUAAUGGAUUAUCCCACAUUGAGACAAAAGUGUGAAGGACAUGUGCCAGUGAAUGAAAACUAGUUAUCAGGACAACUGUUGUGCUGAGGUAGUUUCGAAUAAUGUGUGUGAAUGUUAGUUCAGAAGUGAAUCCUCGGAUCGACAUUAUCAACAUUUCUCUAGUGUGUGUCAAAAUAGAAAAUAGUGCUCGUUUGAAUAGACUAGAAGGAUCUAAACUUAAAUUUAUGCUUUCUAUUUUUGGCUAAUGAAUAGUAAUUACAGUGAACAGAAAAUGAAAACAGAACGCAAGGAUUCGUGGGACGAUUAUGACGAUUUCGUCGAUUUUGAUGACUCUUUUGCCAGUGUCUCUUGUGAUCGUUCAAAGGGAAGUAAGAAAUCUUCCACACAGAAAAGUGUCAACUAUAGCUAUGAAGAAUGCCCAAAAUCCAAGACUGUGAAAAUCAAUAAGAAUGAUAGGAAAGAUAAGUUGGCAAAAUGUACUGUGCUCUCAUCUCAGAAACUGAACCUUCAGAAGGGAAGCCAGGAAAUAAAACAUGUAUUAGAUAAACAUCCUUCAAGUCUGGAUGAAUUUGAUUUAUCAUCAGAUACCAUAAAAAAUCCUACAAAUGGUGCUGAAUUAAAUGAAAAUGUUUCUUGGGGCAUUGAUAAACAAAAGAGAUCCGAAGUAAAAGAAGUUAAAAAAGAAAAGUUUCAUGACCUCUUUGGUAGUGAUAGUUCAAGUGAUUCAUUUGAAUAUGCAAAGCCCUUAGGAAUUGAUAGUAGUCUUUCCAGUUUAAUUAGUCAUGGUGAAAUGCUUCUUAAAAAAGAUGUUCCUUCUACAAAUACUCCAGGAGAGGCAAUGAAUGCUAAAAUUGAACUACAAAAAUUCAACAAUUCAGUUCUUCGGAAAGUGUUUGAUGCUUUCAUAGCAAUACCUACUCGGCUCUUAGAAAGAUUGCCUGGCUUCGAUGUUCCUACAUAUGACAAAAUGAGAGAGCUUGUUUCCAAAGUAAACAAAGAACUUUCUCUGUUAGAAAACAUAUCUCCAGUGACUGAAAGUGUUAAUAAUUUCACAGAAUCAAGGGAAGAUGCAUCAUUUAAGAAGUCAGUGAAUCAAGAGAAACAAUUAGAUUGUCUGAGAAAAGCAGAUUUUCUGCUUAGUGCAAGUUCUACCUCGGUUACACGUUCUACUAUUAGCGAUUGUGAUGUAGUCCUAGGUACUGUAAGCAAGCCUCAUGGAACAAACAAAUCGCCUUUCCACCGAUUUCCAUCGGCUAAUGUUCAAAAUGUAAUUGCUUCUGAUAAAUAUGAUAAUUGUGGAAGAUCACCUUUAAAGAAUGCUCCUGUAAAAGCACAGAAUGAAUAUUUGCAGUUAAAACAAGAUUUACAAUGUUCUUGGUCACCAGAGAAGAAGUGUAUUAAUUCUAACAUUUUUACAGCUUGUAAUUCCUUUGGUUAUUCCAAUAAGUCAGUGAGUGAACCCAGUAAUGUGUCAAAUGUGUUGGGGUGUACAUUGAACAGUGAGAGUGAAGGAAACGUUUCAAGUUUAGAUUGCACACCUCCUACAUGUAAAGAAAUGGAAUUGGUAAAUAAUGUCACUCCUAAAACAGGAUUAGGUAAAUUUGUGUUUAAGAGACCGUCCUCGCAUGGAAAGAAUGCAAUUCAGGACAAAAGUGCAGAGAGUCCAGCAAUAUCAAAACCUUCUGAGAGUUUAACUCUUAACCGACAGCCAAAAUGUUUGUCAGAAGCAUUAUCAUCUGCAAAUGGUGCAAAUAUGAGCAUUGCCAUUCCUGAGCUACCUACCAAGAGUCCUGUGCACAAGUUGGCUACUCCGCUUUUCAAAAGGACGGAUGUGUCUGAAAAUAAUGCUCGAAAUAUUACUCAGUCUGUCUUUGAGAAGAAAAGUGAAGGAAAUAAAGCAACUGCAAAAACAGCAAAUAAAUUUUUGAUAGAAGAGGAAAUAGAAGACGAAAUUGAUUAUUCUCAGUUUCUGGAAGACUAUAGUAUAGAACCUGCUUCUCCUGAAAAGAAUCUUUUGAGUAAGCCUGUAACUUUCCCAAGAAAUACUGGCAGUAAUAUGGAAAUGAAAUCUAAGUAUCGCAGACAAGAUGACAAUGAAAUGACUCUUGCCAGUGACAGUAACCUAAGUGAAUCUGAAAAUAAUACUAGCAAUACAUUACCUUCAUCUGUCAAUGAGAGUAAUUUCAUUGGUAAAUUUUCAUCAAGUACAAAAAAUGAUGGUAUUUCUGGAGAAUUUAGUGGCACUGAUUUUCCUCAUUCAAAAGAAAUGUUUAAGGCAUUUCGUGAAGUUUUUGGUCUGCAUUCGUUUAGACCAUGUCAACUGCAAGCAAUAAAUGCUAUUCUUUUGAACCAUGAUAGCUUCAUUCUGAUGCCAACUGGAGGGGGUAAAUCGCUGUGUUAUCAACUUCCUGCUGUUAUUUCAUCUGGCGUUACAAUAGUAGUGUCACCAUUAAUAUCAUUAAUCCUGGAUCAAGUUCAAAAGCUGAAUGCCUUAGAUAUUCCUGCUGGACGUCUUUCUGGUGAUGCAAAAGAAGAAAAUGAUAUUUAUAUUCGCUUGUCAAUGAGAGAACCAAAAUUAAAGUUGUUAUACGUCACUCCUGAGAAGCUAAUUGGUAGCAAUAGAUGCAUGGAUGCAAUACAAAACCUAUAUAGUCGUGGUAAGAUAGCUCGUUUUGUAAUUGAUGAAGCCCAUUGCGUGUCCCAGUGGGGUCAUGACUUCAGAUCUGUAGAUCCCGAAAAUUCAAUUGAUUUUAAUCAUGAUUACUCUAUUUCCAGGCCUGAUUAUAAAAGAUUGAAUGAGUUGCGCCGCAAAUAUCCAGAUAUACCGGUAGUGGCUCUAACAGCAACUGCUACAGAGCGGGUUCGAAUAGAUAUUCUCCAUCAAUUGGUUGUUGAAAAGAAACCGAAAACAGUUGUAUGUGAUAUCAUCAGCCUAAUUAAAAGCAAAUUUCCUCGAGAUUGUGGUAUUGUUUAUUGCUUGUCACAAAAAGAAUGUGAAACUACAACAGACAGUUUAAACAAAGCAGGAAUCAAAGCUGGAACAUACCAUGCAGGUGUUCGAGAUACAGAACGUGCACGUGUGCAGAAUAUGUGGAUUAGCAAUAAAAUAAAGGUUGUGUGUGCAACCAUUGCAUUUGGCAUGGGCAUUGACAAGCCUGAUGUACGAUAUGUAAUUCAUCUCUCCAUGCCAAAGUCUGUGGAAGGCCUUUACCAAGAAUCUGGUCGAGCCGGUAGAGAUGGCAAGCCUGCCAGAUGUAUUCUAUUCUACAAUUACUCGGACUCGUAUAGACUUCGACGUUUAAUUGAAAGAGGUGCUGCAGACUCAGGUCAUCGUGGAAGAGCAUCAUCAUCUAAUGGUUCUGAUGUUUUACUCACACAUCUAGAAAAUUUAGCUCGAAUCGUAGCAUAUUGUGAGAACAACACGGAAUGUAGAAGAGUGCAACAACUAAGUUAUUUUGGAGAAAUAUAUAAUAAAAAAGAAUGUCUCAAACAACAAAAUACCAUUUGUGACAAUUGUCUGCGUUCCGAUGAGUUCCAUGAAACUGACUAUACAAAACAAGGGCAAGAAAUUGUACGUUGCCUUAGUCAGCUUAUUAGUGGCGGACGAGGCUGGAGUGAUCGCAAUAUUACCAUUCUCUACCUAGCUGAUAUUAUCAAAGGCAGUCAAGCAAGCAAAAUAAAAACGGCAGGGCAUGACUCACUUCCAUUGCAUGGAAUGGGUAAAUCAUGGCCUCGUGAAGAUGUCACAAAUUUAAUUCGACAGUUAGUUUUGAAAGGAUAUUUAUGCGAGGAACUGGUCAUUACAAAAGCAGACAUGGCAGCUGCUUAUUUAAGAAUAGGCCCAAAAGCAAAGUACCUCUUGGAAAGCAAGCACAAAAUUAAAUUGUUCACCCGGAGGAAAAUGUUGGAUAUCAAUUCUGCUGGGAAGAGUGCACCUGUUUCUGAAAAUCCAUUUACAGAGAGGUUGCAAAGUAUUCAAGAGAAAUGUUAUGCAGAUCUAAUGGAUGUGUGCCAUGGGCUUGCUGCAUCACUCGGUGUGGGUCCAAGUUCAGUCAUGAAUGUUGAGGCUGUUAAGGCAAUGUCUGAAAGACUACCUGAAACUAGUGAAGAAAUGCUGGACAUUCCUCAUGUAACAGUUGCUAACUUUGAAAAGUUUGGAAAGCCAUUAUUGGAAGUGACAAUCCAAUAUGCUGUACAAAAAUUAGUUGUUCUUUCAGAACAAGCAGAAGCAGAAAGCCAGAACAACACCCCUAUUGAUGGAGAUGAAAGUGAUGGUAACGAAGGAGAUGUUUGUGUUGUGGCCAGUGGAAGUACUGGAUCGUUUAUACCUUCAAAAUACCAGGGUGGGAAAAAACGGAAAAGAAGAGGCAACUCUCAAAGAGGUCGACCAGCUAAAAGAGGUCGCAGUAAAGCUGGGAGGAGUAGACAAAGAAACAAUAAUACAUCAUACAGAGGUUGUCAAGGCUCUUCAUAUUCUAGUAGGGCCUCCUUUGGCAGUUGUAGUUCUUCUCAGAGUAAUCAAGGAUAUAAACCAAGCAACACAGGAGCAACUAAAAAACCUGGUUUCCUUACUCUGUCAGCUCCAAAUAAAUUUCCUCCUUCUAAACGACCUAGUUUUUUACCCACACCCACAGUGGUGAAACUUUAGUUGUGUGACUGUAGGAAAACAGAGAUCAUUCUGUGCAGUUUUUUAAUGUGUAUCAUAUGUAAGUGAUGCGACUUAGAUAAUGUAGAAAAUUUCAGUUGAAAUCAAUAUAUUGAGAUAUGACCCCUUUCCCAUUUUGUCUUCUAUGUAGUGUUAAUAAGAAGAGUACUGAGAAUGCUUGUAAAGUUUAUUUUCAAGGGGAAGAAGUAAUCAACAAGAGCAAGUAUAUUGGUGAUUCAUGUUAUAAUUAUUUGUAUAUUAUUGUGUUAAUGCGUAUUAUGGAUAUAAUUUUGUAAUGUGUGUACAUGUAAACAUUAUUCUGUAUUUCUGUAUUUGUGUGUUUUUUGGUACAUAUCUGUCAAGAUUGGCAAUGUCACAGAGAAAUGAAUGUUAAAAAUUUGAAGUUCAACCAGAAGAAAAAAAAAAUUUCAUUUUCAUCCAUUCAACUCCUGUAUUAAGGAAAUAGGUUACACAAUUUUUUCCUUGAGAUUACUUCAUAUUGCUGUCCUAUUAAUAUAUCUUCAUAUGCAACCCAACAGAGGAAUGAAAAGGUAAUUUAAAUGGCUGUCAGUCGUUAAUAACUAUAACAAUGCCUAUUUGUUUAAAAUAGUUAUCAAGCAAGGUAAAGUGAAACUAGUGGGCAGCCGCGAUAUAGGAUGGCUGGAAAAGAUAUUCUCUGACAAGCCAAAGUCCCAAAAAGUAUUCACUUUUCUGCGUGCUCUAGUGCCUAAACCAUUUUUCAGAAAUUUAAAGGUAAAGUGGUACAGUUUGUAGGAAAUUUUAUCUACUUUAAUUUUUUAAAUAACCAUUGUUUUGAAGAUAAAAGGCGAAAAACUAACUAGUGCCACAGAAUAGUUCAGAUUUCCUUGUAUUAGUGUUCAAUUUUCUUUGGUCUGAGUUAGUUAUUUUUCACAUACUCUUAC